UUUGGAAUUUAACAUUGGCUUCUAGUCGGAAACCGAUAGUACAUAUCAUCGACCCUCCUAUUUGGAAAAAGACUUGGAAAAUCCAAGUCCCACCUAAGCUAAAAAUUUUCAUAUGGCAAUGCUUCAAACAUGUGGACAAAACUUCCUAAACCGAUGCCCUGUCUGCUAGAGACAUCGAGAAAGUAUUGAACAUUUAUUCGCCAGAUGCCCCCUAGCCACCAGAUUGUGUUCGUUAGUGGCGAUUGAGCAACUUUAUUGAGAUCGCCCCGACUGUUAACUUUAGUCUAUGGUGACGACAUGUUAUGGUCUCUGAGACCUCCCCAUUCCACAUUCUCGAAUGCGUCUGCUUACUUUGGAGAAUCUGGAAUUCUAGAAAUAGAGUGACUUUUGAACUCUACCAACCUAAUGUUCGUUCCCUAGCCAGACAAUUCUACAAUCAGGUCCUUGAAAUCUCCAACCAUUUCCUCCCUCCUCCACCCCGCAGCUCCCUCCUCCCAAACCAUCCUGCCACCACGUGGGUCCUUCCGCCAGAAGACUAUUUGAAGGCAAUUUCGAUGCUGCUGUUUGUGCCACCGGGUGUUCGUCUGGGCUUGUUGUCCGUGGGUCAGACGGGCAUGUGAUGUUAGCAUUCGGGCUACAGCAUUAAGGAAUUGUUAACCCUUACCUGGCAGAGCUUCUAGCCUUUAGAGACGCUAUCUCCAUCAUCGCCUCAAGAUCUUUGACUCACGUGUUAGUCGAAGGUGACUUCGAAGUGAUCGUCAAUCAGGUCCGACAAGGCGUCUUAGAAGAUUCAAUUGGUGGUUCGGUGUUACGAGAGUGUCGUGAGAUUCUAAACUCUUUGUCUGUUUGUAUAGAGUUUAGGGCGGUACCCAGAACCGCCAACAGUGUUGCUCAUAGAGUGGUGCGUAAAGCACUGCUUUUGUCUCAUCUAAAGCUACAAUCGAUUUUAUGAGGUGGCUUUAUUAGAUUUUUUAAGAGGUCAUGGAUAACUCUUGUCAUCCAUUGAUAUCAUUCCGAAAUAAAAAUAUGUAUAGUUAGAUGAACGAACCGUCGGGAGCUCGUAUGAGAGUUGAAUUGACUGCACUAACCAUGGCAGAAUAUUUCCGAGAUGUUAAUGAGCAAGAUGUACUUCUAUUUAUUGACAAUAUCUUCUGUUUCAUCCAAGCCGGAUCCGAAAUAUCCGCUCUAUUGGGGAGAAUGCCUUCCGCUGUGGGUUAUCAACCCACCCUUAGUAUCGAAAUGGGUACUUUACCUUACAAGAAAGAAUUACUUCUACCAAAGAGGGGCAAAAUAAAAAUAUGUGUGUGCCUUGGAAGGUUGGAUAAUAAUGGGCCAGAAUCAGGUCGGGCUUUAUUCCAUUCUUUGCCGGAGUCGUCUAAAUUAAAAAGAAAAAAAUUUGUGCAAGAUUCGAACAAAUUGGGAUUUCCCCAAAGCUCCACCUCGUCUACUGCAGCAAUGGCGACCGGCAAUUACCACCGGAAAAGACUUACCUCCACCUCCCUGUCCCCCAUCAGCAAACUCGGAGACGAUCUCCUGAUAGAGCUCCUUAUUCGCCUCCCGAAUCCUAAAUCCAUCUUCCGAUCCAAACCCGUCUGCAAGCGUUUGAACUCCCUAAUCUCCACUCCUUACUUCGCCCGCCGUUUGGUCUAUCACCGCCGCCAGAUCCUAUCCGCCGGAGAAAUCGAACCGCCGCUUCUGAUCGCCUCAGACGCCCAGGGACCGGUCUGUAGCUUUCUACCACCCGUGAAGAGUGAAGUCCGAUCCAUUUUGGAUUGCAACAAGGACUUGCUCUUGAUAGGGGUCGAGGAGAGCAUGAAGGACGCUGAGUCGGGCAGAAGGUUCUUGGUCUGCAAUCCCUUUUCAAAGCAAUGGGUCGUCAUUCCUUUAGCGCCUCCCAUGCUCACGUCGAGGCAGGGGAGAUGGACUGCGAGAUUGGUGUGUGAGCCCUGCAAUUCUAUUACAUUGGAUUUGGGCGACGCAGAAGAAGCAAUCACUCACCAUUCUGACUAUCGAUUCUGCGUGGUGCGUAUGUUUGAAUUGGAGUCCGGAAUUACGGUAUUCCAGGUAUUCCGUUCGAACUCUGAGGAAUGGUUGGGGUCGAUAGCCUUUUCGUAUGGCAUAGCACCACAUUGGAAUCCUCACAAUGUUGCAGUUUCGCUGAAUGGGAGGUUGUAUUGGGAGAAUGGGCUAGGACAGUUUUUCGAGUGGAAUCCUUUCCUCCUCCAUAGCGAUGAUGAUGAUGAUGAUGAUGAUGAGAGGAAGCCAACUCUAACUGACGCUUAUGGGUUCAAACCUGGCUCCUCCCUUUGGGUCUCACAAGGAGGGAAAAAGUGGAGUUGGUUGCUCAUCCGGCUGAUCGUGAUCAACAGGAUCAACUGGUGUUCCACCCUAUAAUCACUCUCUGGCCAACUUCACUUACAAGUUGAAGAGACUAGAAGUAGUGGAAGAGGUUAGAAGAAUAGAGGCAGUUGGUCAACAGCCGGAGAAGACAUAAAUCGAGUUUCUGGGCAGUGUUGGGCUGGAGAGAGAAGGCUUGAGUGUGGCUGUACGACGAGAGGAUCUUGAUCUAAUGUUGUUCAGAACUAGAUGAAGUCUCGUUGAAGACUUUGAUGAGUCGCAUUGUAAUUGUUAGAUACAGAGACUACAUCUAAGAGCUAAUAACUCAUGUUAUGUGUAGUUGGUCAACAUUCAAAGAACUAGGAAAUUAUAUUUUUCAAAUGUUUUUUUCAUCAGGUCUCUCGGAUUGCUAUGAUUUCCUGCAAUUUGAAGAGAGAAGAGCUAGAGUUCUUAAUUUACCAAUGUUAGUAUGGGACUGCAUUAGAUCGUACGAUCUUGAAGGUUAGUGUUAGUCUCGGACCUAUCCCAAUUCCAAACUACAAAAAAUUGGGAGAUACCCUACAAUGAACUACAAUUUUUAACUUCAACUAAGUAAUCAAUCAAUCUCAUAAACUUAGUAGGUUGGUAGGAGGAAUUGUCACUUUUCAAGUUUUCUUUUACAUCAUAUACCAAAGAAGUUUUUAUUUUUAUUACUUUGCUGAAUAGUUGUGCUCGAGCUGAGAGGCUCUAAGUUGUACACUAUUGCUUUGAUACCAUCUUUGCCAUUUAUUGAUAUGGUUCUAAGUGAAUGAGGGAAUAUUCAGUGAAGCAGAUAACUUGUACGGUUAGAUAGUUAUGAAAGGUGUGGAUGAUAAUGGCGUUGCAGUGAAAAAUAUGAUGCUUGCAUGCCUGAAGGAAGGCAGAAAUGCCCAAGUUAGCUACUUGGCUGAAUUUUACAUACUUCUGUAAGACUGAUAAACUUGCCAAUCUGAUCUGGUUUGCAUCUAUCGAAUGAUGUGGUCUCUUGAAUGCUAUCUGAUUCUUUGUACACAAUUUUUUUGGGAAGUUACUUCACUUUCUAAACUAAGCCUUCUAAUCUGCAGGUAUACAGGGCACAUUGCCAAUCCAGAGGGAUAAAUAAAAGGUAGAGCCAAGACGUUUGUGAUAGAAUGGUGAUUCUUCUUUGUGUUCUUAAUUUCUUAUUAUUUGUUUCAAAAAUUUUCGUUGUUGAAAUUCUCAGUAUUUACCUGAAACUGGUUCAGAAACGUGGACCCUUUGACUAGGUUGUGGUUAACGGCAAUCCCCUGAUCACCGAGCGUGGCAGAGAGGGUAACAUCCAUCAGUGCGAAGCAAUCUUCAUUCUUUAGACAAGUGUCCUACAAAAGCCUCAUUUCCUAUACUGCUAUCCUCACUGCUUACUCUCAGAAUGGCCAAACUUGCAAAAGCAUGGAAGGUAUUUGACGAAAUCCCUUGCAAAAGCUCUGCUGCAUAUAGCGCAAUGAUUACAGCCUAUAUAAGGGACGGGCUGCAGGGCGAAUGAUGCCUUCAGCUUGUUUUCUCCGUUUGCAGAACUCUUUGCAUUCUUAUUCAAAUUGAAUUAAACAUGUAAUGGACUUGAUUCAAACCCGAUGCUGUCAUCACAAGGUUUGCCCUCAAUGACUUGCUAGCUUUGGACCAGCUUCCAUCUUUACCUCCUACAGUUAUUCUCUAAAUUGUCUUAGAUCAAUGCUACCAGUUAGAAAUGAGUCAAUGACGUGAAAUGCAUAGCUGGGAACUUAGAGGCCAACAGACUCAGUUAAUCUUGUUGCUUGUUCACUUUUCAGUGACAUGCCUAACUGCAGAAUGUCGUCUUUCAGGUUAACUGUCCUGGUGUUGUUUGUAAAUAACAGACACUUCUUGUCAUGCAUUGUUUGUAGUGCAUCUAAGUUUGCAGUCUGAGAAAAAUACUACCACUCUUGUAGUCUAUAGUAUGAACAUGGAUGAUGACAUUAUGUAGUGUUCAUAAUCUUCGGGAAUUAUACUUGCUUGUUCAGAAUUGUGCAUUUCUGCCAUGUUAUUCUUCAAGUCACUGCCUCUAGCUACAAUUACUUAUCAAUUAUUUUGUUGAGCCUACUCAUUAGAGUAGCGUUGUAAUGAGGAUAUUGUUGUUAUUUACCCUAUAUGGCCUUAUACGAUCUGUUACAUCUCCCCAUUAAUGGUGGCUUAAGUUGUUGAAGGAAGAAGCUGCAUUUCAUACAGUAUGGUAAUUCUGUAGAGUGCAUGUGGUUGUGCCAUCUCGGUAGUUGCUUUUGUGUGAAAAGAUGUUUAUAAGCUUUGCGUACUCCCAGCUUGAUUUAAUAUCUUAUGGCUGCUAUUGUAUUUUCAGCAGUGCUUAAUUCUACAGCACAUGGGAGAUUUCGCUCGGUUCAGAUAAAGAUCUUCGUCUCAUGUCAAAAGGUCUGUAACUUAUUCGACAUGCAGGAAAUUUAUCCAGGUAAUGGAGGUUUGUCGACGUUAAGGAGAUAUCGACUAAUACACUGGAAUGCAAAUUGUUGAUAUGAUCAAUCUAAUUCCUUCUUUUAGACGCACAGGGAAACCGUUUGGAAACUAUAUGUUGGUGAUCUCUUGAUGCGUUCGAAGGGGAAAAGCACGACAAUCAGAAGAACUGAGUGAUUAGGCAUCUCUUGCCUGUUGUUUUUGUUCAUGCAGAUGUUCUUGAAGGCUGCUGGAAUAAACAAACGUUAUAUUGUCUGCUGAAUCGAAUGCAUAACAGACUUGAAAUUUUCACACAUGUUAGAAUUUAAAAAGAAAACUUCGCUUAGGACCAAUUCUUGAUGAUGCCAUGUCGGACUAGCUAUGCAGAGUCUCACGGUUGAAGGCAGUCUGUAUGCGUAAUUUUUUGCAGUCUAUAGUGUAUAUAUACUUCUAUUCUCGCAUCAGUUCGCAGACUUGUCCCGUAACCUGCAAAUCGACAGGAGCUGUGUACCCUCCAUAGUCCACUGAUCAAGGCAUUCCUGAUCAGUCUUCUAGUUUUUUGCAGCAGGGGGUUUCCCUCUAAAUUUCAUAAUAGCCCACUGCAAUUCAUCGUCCCAAGGGAAUCGGAUCUGACUAGACAUUACGAACAAAUGCAAACAAGAAAUGUUAUCGAGUCUC